GCAGCAGCAAAGAAGUUGUCUUGGCGGGCGAGCGAUCAAACAUACCACCUCGAAGAAGCAAUCUCUUGUGGUGUACCAUCCGGUGCGUUUUUAUACCAGAUCAGAUCGCCGUAGCCACCACCAAAUCGUGUUGGGACAGUUUUCGUAGCAUCGACCGAACAUGAGUUUCCUCUUUGGCAAGAGAAAAACCCCUUCAGAGCUUCUGCGAGAAAAUAAGCGGAUGCUCGACAAAUCUAUUAGAGAGAUAGAGAGGGAAAGGCAAGGUUUACAGACCCAAGAGAAGAAACUGAUUGCUGAGAUUAAGAAAAGUGCAAAGCAAGGGCAGAUGGGAGCUGUAAAGGUGAUGGCAAAAGACCUUAUCCGGACACGCCAUCAGAUUGAAAAGUUUUUUAAGCUCAAAUCACAGCUCCAGGGUAUAUCUCUUAGAAUUCAAACAUUGAAAUCAACACAAGCAAUGGGAGAGGCAAUGAAAGGUGUGACAAAGGCAAUGGGACAAAUGAACAGACAGAUGAACUUGCCAUCCCUGCAGAAAAUUAUGCUAGAGUUUGAAAGACAGAAUGAGAAGAUGGAGAUGGUGAGUGAGGUGAUGGGUGAUGCAAUCGAUGAUGCUUUGGAAGGGGAUGAAGAAGAGGAGGAAACAGAAGAAUUGGUGAGCCAGGUUCUUGACGAGAUUGGAAUUGACAUCAACCAAGAGCUCGUAAAUGCACCAUCAGCUGCUAUUGCGGCAGCAGCUGCAAAUGGUAAGAUUGCACAGGUGGAAGCAACUGGCAAUGGUGACAGUGGGAUAGAUAGUGACUUACAGGCAAGGUUAGACAAUUUGAGAAGGAUGUAGUAACUAUGCCUAAUUACUUGUGUCUCUGUGUUCCAACUUGGAACUGCGUUUGGAUUUUAACAUUUGGGAAACAUGUACCAGAGUUAGUUGAUACAGGAUUUCCAAAUACGUGGAAAUUGUAAUAAAUUCGCCAUUUAUUCUUAAA